UUUGCUCUCUCGCUCUCUGCAUGUCUUUUCCCCAUGUUAUCUUCAUUUCCUCCUUACAAUAGCUUGCUUCAAAAGCAAUAUAAGUGACAUUUGACAGCAGGCAAGCAAAUACGACUACAGAGGAAGGAUUAAAGUUUGAACACUUGACAGGACCUCUCCCUUCAGAGAUGGACAGAUCUGGCAGAAACGUAAAAUAGUUGGUGGUAGAACAGAUUUAUAGUAUUAUUUAUUGAUUAUUUUCGGGUUUUUGUUUUUGUUUUUUUUUGGCUCUGAAUGCCUGUGCUGGUCAAGAUUGCAAACAAACUUCAGAGGUCUGAGUAAGAAGAAGGAGCUGAAUGGUUGAUUGAGCUGUGGACGGACACUUACAUCUGAGUAACUCUUCUCCAAGCUACGCUAGAGCACACAGGGGGACUGUGACCGACCCAGUUAGGAUGUCAGAGGACGGCUCGGCCCCCACGCCGCAGGUGUUUGUGGUGGACAGCCAGGCCUGCUACCUGUCCGUGCCCAAGAAGAAGUCAACCUGGGCCAGAGCGGUCCAGAAGUUCCUCCCUCCUCUCCUGAUUCUGUUCGCGCUGGCAGUCAUUGUUGAGGGAUAUUUAAUCUACAUACUUUACCAAAGAACCGAGGCCCUUUCUGGCUGUGUGUCUAAUAAUCUGUGCCAUAACGUGUCCCACCCUGGGAACUCUGAUCAGCAGGUAAAUGAUGGGAAAACAUCAAGACGAAUAGGAACUCAAGGUUGGAAUGAAUCCAAUGAAAUUCCUCCACUGCAGCCACAGAAACGGCCCUUUGCUCACUUGAUGGGAGCUGAGAAGUCGAAAGACAACGUAGUGCAGUGGAAAUCACAGGGUCACGAAGACAGAAGGAGAAUGGAGUACCGCAACAGCCGAUUGGUAAUCAACCAGGAAGGCUACUACUACGUCUACUCCAAGCUGGUAGUGGACGUUUCGGAGGCAACAUCGCCUAUCGUCCACACGAUCAUGAGUAAACCCAGUGGCUAUGGUUCACUUGUAGAGCUUCUGAAGUCCAAAAGUAACUGGGGCCCAAAGAAAAGUUCAGAUAGUUCUGAAAAUCGUGGCAAUUCAAGCGAGGACAAAUGGAGAAGCUUUCUGUCUGGGAUUUUCCUCCUGCAAGACGGAGAUGAAAUUUAUGUCACUCUGAGCAACAUGGACAAGUUGUCUCCUGAGGCCAAUGAGAACUGUCUGGGUGCCAUCUGGAUAGACUCUUAGACAAUAGCAGAAAUACCUCUGUGCUAGCUCUUUUGACCAGUCUAAUAUAUGUACCCCACAACUGAUGGAUAUAAUUCUGAGAACAAUGAAAAAGCAAAUAGUUUUGACAUAAAAGUAUCUGACAUUCAGAUUAUAUAUAUAUAUAUAUUUACGUUG